CUGCGGAAGUGGAGACCGGUGGCCCGGCGGCUGAGACAGAGGACUGAAGUUGUGGAACCAUAAUAUGUGACAUCAGGUGUGUUUUGGUCAGUAGCCAUUAAUGAUUCUGGAAAUUAAAGCAGAUACAACACCUCAUCUGAGCUCUUAAAAAGCAAGCUACACCAUGGACAUAAAGCUGAACUCUUCCCAAGAUGACCUACCUCUCAUGGCCAAUACCAGCCACAUACUUGUGAAGCAUUAUGUGCUGGAUUUCGAUGUGGAUUUAGAAAGCCAAAUCAUCGAGGGCACCAUAGUGCUUUUCUUUGAGUCUGAAAACAUAUUCAACAAACCAAGUAGUUCCACUGAGGAAAUCUGCCAGUCAAAUGAAGCCUGCAAAUUUAGGAUGACUGAACCCUGCCAUAUUCCUGUGACAAAUACUAGGACUUUCUCAUCUAAAAUGGGAUAUAAUGAUUUUACCAUCUGUGGCAAAGGUGAAAGAGAUACUUCUGAUAAUGAUGGUAACCAUGACAACCAGGAACAGGCUUCUGGGAUUUCUGGCUCAAAGUACUGCUGUGACACAGGGAAUCAUGGAAGUGAGGAUUUUUUGCUAGUGUUGGACUGCUGUGAUUUAUCUGUGUUAAAGGUUGAGGAGGUGGAUGUUGCUGCUGUGCCAGGUAUUGAAAAAUUUACAAGAUUUUCCAAGCUCACGGCUGUUUCUGAGAAGCUUAGGAAUCAGAUUGUACAUGAACUUGUGACUCUGCCUGCAGAUCAUUGGAGGGAGCAGUUAGACUAUUACGCUCGCUGUAGUCAGGCUUCUGGCUGUGGGGAACUCCUGUUUGACACUGACACUUGGAGUUUACAGAUCAGGAAGACAGGAGCUCAGACAGCUACUGACUUUCCUCAUGCCAUAAGGAUAUGGUACAGAACUAAACCCCAGGGGCGAUCAGUUACAUGGACCUCAGACCAGAGUGGCAGGCCAUGUGUUUAUACUAUGGGAUCGCCCAUAAACAACAGGGCCCUUUUUCCGUGCCAGGAGCCACCCGUUGCCAUGUCAACAUGGCAAGCUACAGUUCGAGCAGCUGCAUCUUUUGUUGUUUUAAUGAGUGGGGAAAAUUCUGCCAAGCCAACACAGCUUCGGGAAGGUUAUUUAAGUUGGCAUUAUUAUGUAACAAUGCCCAUGCCAGCCUCCACCUUCACAAUUGCAGUGGGAUCCUGGACAGAAGUAAAGAAAGAGAUCUGCUCUUUAGAUGAAGUGACAAAAGACAGCUCUGUCUCACCUUCUAAGCCUGAUUUUAGGCACAUUGGCAUUUGUGAUCAUGUGGACUAUCCUUGCCGCUUCCAGAAUUCUUCCGCCAUCACCCAGGAGAUCAUUCCUUAUCGGAUCUUUGCCCCAGUCUGCCUCCAGGGUACCUGCCAAGAGACCCUUCUGCCGCUGAUUCCUCCUUGCCUCUCAGCAGCACACUCUGUCCUGGGAACACACCCCUUCUCCAGGCUGGAUGUCCUCAUCGUCCCUGCCAACUUUCCAAGUUUGGGGAUGGCCAGCCCACACAUCAUCUUCCUCUCCCAGAGCACCUUAACAGGAAAGAGCCAGCUCUGUGGAACCCGUCUCUGCCACGAAAUCGCCCAUGCCUGGUUUGGCCUAGCUAUUGGGGCCCGCGACUGGACGGAAGAGUGGCUGAGUGAAGGGUUCGCCACUCACUUGGAGGACGUGUUCUGGGCUGAAGCACAGCAGCUGGCCCCCCACCAGGCGCAGGAGCACCAGGAGCUGAGGGCCUGUCUGCGCUGGAGGCGCCUCCAGGACGAGGUACGGGACUCCUCGGAGGAGCUGCAGGUGUUGAGACCCAAUAAAGAGAAAACUGGGCAUGUGAGUGACUCAGGAUCAUCUGUCAUCAAACAUGGGCUCAAUCCAGAGAAAGCCUUCAUGCAGGUUCAUUAUUUAAAGGGCUAUUUCCUUCUCCGGUUCCUUGCCAGAAGAAUUGGAGAUGACACCUAUUUUUCAUUUUUAAGAAAAUUUGUGCAUGCUUUUCAUGGGCAGUUAAUUCUUUCUCAGGAUUUCCUUCAAAUGCUGUUGGAGAGCAUCCCAGAAGAAAAACGGCUUGAAUUGUCUGUUGAAAACAUCUUCCAAGACUGGCUUGAGAGUUCCGGAAUACCACAGCCGCUGCGGAGCGAGCGCCAGGCCCGGGCGGAGUGCGGGCUCGCGCGGCAAGUGCGCGCCGAGGUCGCGAAAUGGAUUCAGGUGAACCGGAGACCCCGAAAACGGAAACGAAAGGAAACGGAAGAAGUGUUUGAAAAGCUUCUCCCAGAUCAGCUGAUCCUAUUGCUGGAACAUCUCUUGGAGCAGAAGACCCUGAGCGCCCGAACUCUGCAAAGCCUCAAGAGGAUAUACUGCCUCCCCGAGCAGGAUGCAGAGGUUCGCCACCGGUGGUGUGAGCUCAUUGUCAAGCACAAGUACAGACAAGCGUACAAAGAUGUGGAGAGAUUCCUUCAGGAGGACCAGGCCAUGGGCAUCUACCUCUAUGGGGAGCUGAUGGUGGGUGAGGAUGCCACGCAGCAGCAGCUUGCCCGCAGGUGCUUCGAGCUGACCAAGGAGCAGAUGGACAGAACCUGUGCUGAGGUCGUCGCUGAGAUGUUGUUUUAAAAAGGAAGGAUCACAGCAAGAUUCUUUUCAGACAUCUCCCAGCCCUGGCUGCAACCAGGAUGGCAGUGACCCUGGACAUCAAAGCAAGAAUUACAGGGCUGCUGAAGCCAUGAGCCAACAGUGAUGUGCACAGCUGCGCCAGAGACCGGUCCCCCUCAUGAACACCAUCCCCACACGCCUAUGUGGGGGCCUUUGUCCCCCAGCCUGGACGUGCCGCCUCAGGAUGUUGAAUCAGAGUUGCACCUGUUCUGUGAGGUUAAGGCAGUUCUUUCAUACAAAUGAUGAAAAUCCAAGACACACGGGCAGAAAGCCUGCUGAACAUUCUGCGUCAGCCGUCAGCGUGUGACUUCACUGCACGUUUCUGUCAUUUCAGGAAACCAGAGUCUCUGUGCUGGGUCCGGGCUUAGGACAUCCUCCUCCGGGUUACUUCGGAAAGAUGUUACAGAAUCAUUUUGAUUGAUAUGUCCAUUAUUUAGAUUGUUCAAAUUUUUCUUAGCUUUUGGUGAACGUACAGGAUGAACACCUCAGAUGUAUAAAUAAACUGUAAUAGAUUCAGUUUUUUGUAUUUGAUUCCUUCUCAAUUUAGUACUGAUUUAACAGGGCAAUUACUGUGUAAGAAAAGGGUACUGCCCGUAUGCUGGUGUGUUCUUGCCCACCUUACUGGUGUCUCUAGUUUCCAGGGUAGUGUUGGGGCUCUCAGAAAGCUUGCAUGGGGGACACCUGCUCCUGAUGUGCAGAGUUGGGGCACAUUGAGGCCCUCUGGGGUCUGCGGUGUGUCACCCCUCUUUCCCACAAAUGUUUGAAGUUUUAAAAAGACAAAAGCUUCCCAGUACUGUCCAAAAGCAGGAUAGUCCAAAACAGCACAGGAAACACACUGACAGGUUCUUCACACAGGUGCUGCCUCUGGGGGCUGAGCUGACACUGGCUCCCCUGCCAGGCUGUGCCCCACUUUGGUGGGGUGACUGCAACUCUUCCACCAACCUUCAUUAGAGCUCGAUGUUCAGAAUUCUUUCACAGUGACUCAUUCUAAAAGGUCUCCUAGGAUUCGCUCUUGGCUGUUAACUCUGUGCUGCAUAUCAUUGUAUGUUGUGUGUUUAUUGUGUUGGUAAAAGAAUUUUUUUAAUUGGAAUAAAUGUAAGAACAGCUUUCGCUGAUGACUAGAGGUGAAAGUGAUGCUUUCUCUUCCGGUCGGGGUGAGAGUUUGGCCCUCAAUGAGGUGGAGCAGGACGGGGCCAGGAGCGUAGAUGGACUGGGGAGACCAGCUGGCUCAGUGGUUCCAUUUCAGUCUUGUUUUUCCAAAAAGUUAAAGCCACGCUACAUGUCUCUGGAAGUACUGAGGGAGAGCCGAGCCGCAGCACGUGUGAGGUUUUGCGCAAAAACAGCUUAUCAGAACUGACCUCCAGGUCAUCACUGGGGCCAGGGACCAGAACGAGCAGCAUCCUACUUUCUAGCCUCUGAAUGGGUUUUCCUACCUGCCCUCCAGCAUUUCUCAAGACACUGGAGCCAAGUGUGAGGAGGUAAGUCUGGCCAGAGCCCAAAGGGAUUCCAGUGUGGCGGCACAUCAAGAAAACGCCGGAGACUGGCAGUCCUUGAUUUUAGGUAAUUUGAUUUUAAAAACACCUUCCAGUAGGCCACUGGGAACCGGCCGACUCUGGUGUUUGGUGGGACUUGAGUCAGAAUGUCAUAGGGCAGCCCCGAUAUAAAAUAAAACGGGAUGCCUGGCUGUGGGUCCUCACCCGCGCGCUUAAAAGCGACUUAUGAAUACUCCACUACAGACACACACAAAAGGUUAAUAAAAGGUUUAUUUACAAGGGAAGGGGAAAUGAGGAAAUGUACAACUCAGGGAGAAAAUAGGGAAAUAAAGUCUUUAAUGCGUCCUACCCGAUCCGCCGACCUGGAAACCUAAAGGCACUCUCCGAGCUGGCCUGACGCUGCGAGCUGGUGGAGAGCCAAAAUGGGGGACCCCCCCCCCAAAGCCCACGUGUCUGCCUUUAUACCAACCUGGCUGCUUAACCCCACCCUCAGGUCCCAGCCACCUUCCCUCUGGUGGUGAUGGGAUUUGGAGUUCCCAGUGUCUUUGGCUUUGGCCUGGGGUGGGGGUGGAGUCCACAAAGCCUGUGUGGAAUUACCUUCAGGACAUCCUUUUCCCCCUAACAAGAAGGCUGUGCCCAUGGAGGCUUUCUCAACAUAGAAGCCGUGGUCCAGUGGGGAGUACAACCAGGCCCAGGCGCACCCACCCUCCCCAGGUCCCCAUCAUGGGUCAGGCUGGAACAGGUUUGCUUCCCCAAGGUCACUUACUAAGUGGCAGGCAGGAUUUGGACAUGGCUGUAUGUGGCCAGGGACUUCCCCAUCCUAGUGCCUGUCAGUUCGGUAAUAGCUUGAGGAACCCCAUCUUGUCACUGAGAGGGCAUGCUCCUGAUGCAGCCUGCUGUAAGGAUGGACCUGGUCAGGGGCAGGACCAGGUGGUGCCUGUUAUCAAAAGCGUGGAAAUGAGAACCUGUUUCACAGACCCCAUGGAGAGAUCGCCCACGGACCUGCGUGGCAGGCUGGCCCACUUCCUCAGUGGCCCAGCUUCUGAUCCCUGGUCCCCCCCUAAGAGGGUGUGUUUCUGGCUCAGCAGUUCACCAGACUCCUACCCCCAGGUAGGAACCACCUGGAAAUAUUGCUGCCCCCAGGCUUAGGGGAGAAGACAACAGAAUAGAAAGGUAACUACUUAACAAAAGGUACAAUUUGGAGCCUACAAGUUGCCUGGAUGCCCUGGUCUAGUGAAAGCAAACCCAGGGACUGUCACUUGGCUUCCUUAAACAGUGUGUGUAUUUGACAUGAAACGCCGCCAUCUGUCAGUAUUGCUGAGCAGGCAGAAAUCAAAUUCCGCAGGACUGUUGGGGGCCACCACAGCCCUAGAAGUGAAGUCUGUUGAACCGCAGAUUUGCUCUGGGGAUGUGUCCCAGGCCCACCGAGCCCUCCUGACACGGUACCAAUCAAGCCAGGCAGGUGGUGGCACCUGCCACCUGGCAGUCAAGCACACGGCCAGCCAGCUUUGAACUCAGCUGGGUUCACAUUUAUUAAAUGAGAAAAGGGGGCGCUCCCAUCCUUUGGGCGGGUCAAUGGUUAAUUGCCAAGCAAUUGUCCUCCAUGGGACAAAAAUGUCCUCCAUUUCCCAUCUGGAAAUGGGAAUUCCCUGCCUUAGCCAGCAGACCUGUGCUUGCACCCAACGGGGCAGGCUGG